AUGUUCCGACCAGAUCACCACCGCAUUGAUGCCAAAAGGCGAAACAUUGGCGAUCAUCGCAAGAAGCAGUUCGCCGAGGCUUCCUACAAGGAGCAGAAAUACCCCCAUCGCCUCAACUUCUACGCCGAUGCACCCACGGCCGACAUUACUCUGGAGCAGUUUGAACAAUGGGCCAUUGACCGACUACGAAUCCUGGCCGAACUUGAGGCAUGCUCCUUUCGCAACAAGCCCCCCGCCGAGGUUGCCUCCCACAUGAAGCCCCUCCUCGAAAAGCUCCUCCCCCUCGAGUUGUCCUCCUCGCAGUCGAGUCAGCUGUUCGCCCAGCGACAAAAGGACCACUACAGCCACUUUAUCCUGCGUCUGGCCUUUGCCUCGACCGAAGACCUGCGCCGCCGCUUCUCCCGAGUCGAGACGAUGCUGUUUCGCCUGCGCUUCAACUCGGACGACCUCGCCGACCGGAAUGCCUUUGUGGCCGGCCUCGAGCUCGACUGGUGGGAGACGGUCACCGAAGACGAGCGUGCCGCGCUCUCGUCCGAGCUCGCCGCCAUGAUGCCCGCACGCGCCAAGGCGAGCGGCAGCCACAACCCCGAGGACGAGACGUGGUUCAAGGUCGACUGGGCCCGCGUGCCCGAGCUCGUCGAGCAGAGGCGUGUGCUCCUGCGCGCCGGCAAGGCCUACGUGCCGGCGCGCGAGCAGGCGAGCAUGGUGCUCGGCGAGUUCACCCAGCGCCUCGAGAAGCAGCUCGAGCUCACGGCGCGCGCCCUGCCGCGCCUCGACGAGGACGACCGCCUGACGCCCAUCCUCGACCACCUCUCGAAGAACUUCAUCACCCCCGACUCGGCCUACCUCUCGGGCACGACGUCGGCGGCCGGCCUCGGCGCCGACAUGUCGGCCCGCAACGUCGACACCCUCGCGGCGGCGCACUUCCCGGCCUGCAUGGCCCACCUGCACCGCUCGCUGCGCCGCGACGCCCACCUCAAGCACUACGGCCGCCUGCAGUACACGCUCUUCCUCAAGGGCAUCGGCCUCUCGCUCGAGGAGUGCCUGCUCUUCUGGCGCCAGGGGUUCCGCAACGUCACCGACGACGUCUUCAACAAGGAGUACCGCUACAACGUGCGCCACGUCUACGGCGACGUCGGCGGCGACGCCAUCCGCCGCGGCGGCGGCUACAGCCCCUUCAGCUGCCAGAAGAUCCUGACCGAGCACCCGCCCGGCCCCGGCGAGGCCCACGGCUGCCCCUACCGCCACUUUGACCUCGAGAACCUUAACGCCCUCAUGGGCGGCAUGGGCGUCACCGAGCGCGGUGUCCUGCAGGGUGUCAGGGAGGACAAGGAGGGCCAGAGGUUCCACAUGGCGUGUAAUCGCGUCUUCGAGCACCUCCACAAGCAGGAAAUCAAAAAGGCAAAGGACGAAAGCGUCUUCACGUCGGCCCAGCUCGAGACGAUCGUGCACCCGAACGAGUACUUCAAGAGGAGCUACCUGCUGAAGAACCUCGACAAGGCGCGUCAGGUGGACGUCAAGAUGGAGGGCGCCUAG